AUGACAUCCACAGCCACGGAGGUGACGCAAGUUCAGAGUCUUGCUGCCAUUCGUAACUUUAUCCGUGUGGCUGUUUCUUGUGUCACCUACCUUCGUGGGCUGUGCAACGACGAGUCGUAUCAGCCCCGACAAUUCCUCGGUUUGCAGCUUAAGCAGUUAGUGCGGUCAUCGCCGGAGGCCGACGUCAUCUCUCAGUGGAUGGAAGAUGGAGCGUUUGACGCACUCAACAAGGGGUAUUUGAAGGCGCUGUCCCUCUGCGUAUACACCCCAAAUUGUACUGAGUUGCUUGAGAGCUACAGUUUUGCCUUGUCUUACACGCCGAAUGGUAAGAGGGCUGCCUUAACGUUUGCAGGUAAUUCACUGAAUGACGCAGCAUUGCGUCCAUGCACAGCUGCAACUUCCACCACGACACGAAGUCGAGGAAAACGUCACACACGUCAGGAGGUUCAACAGGCGCUUGCAGGUAUUAUAACAAAACUGGUUGAGGUGGUGGAAGGAUUACCGCCACUACUGUGCGAGCGUGUUUUGGUAAUGCAGUUGACGUAUUACGAAGAUGUCACGCCACCAACCUACGAGCCCCCUUGUUUUGCCCCUGCGAGUGCAGACCUCACUAGCCUGCAUCAACAGGAGCAGAGGCAGAGUACCAACAUUGCGUCGCUUGAUACAGGUCAUCAUAUGAUGUCUAUUACCAUUCGACACCGUUUUUUUGAUAGAUUGUUGUCACAGUCUUCUAUGAUAGCCGGAAACUCCACCUUGACGGCAUCAACCUGGAAUACGACAUUCUCAGGCAUAGGCACGGAGGGGGAGGAGGACGAGGACGAGGCGGCUGCUGCAUUAAAACAUAUCCCAGACACGAACGCAGCGUGUACACAAACAUGUCCAGUGAAGGAGUCGUCACAGAGAUGCCCCGCGGAGCCAGCAGCAAUCUCAUCCACGUUCUCAAAUGACCUUGCUUUUUUUGUGUUUACAUGUUUUAUACUGACAAGGUCACCGGUUGUUUAUCGGGGACGCGUAUCUACCGGAGAAAUUGCCGAAUAUCUUCGCGUUUCAUGUCCAUUAGAAAUCACACUGGAAAUGGCGCAUCAAAUGAUGCACCGACUGGAGUUGAAGGGUGUUGUCGCUGCGACAGCGCAGCAGGAGUGGAUUGUGCAUCCAUUGCCUGCAGCAGCACUUGCAGGUUUGCUCCUCGCCCAGCGGGAAGUGGUACCGCUGCUCAGCAUACAAAUUCAUGAGGACCUGGAACGCCUUGUCAAGGGGGACGCCACGACGCGAAUGAGCGUUGCCGCCGGGCGUAAGCGGCAACGAGCCAAUGCUUGA